UACUUAACUUCCGCUUGUGGCUGCGUUUGCACUUGACGCGGGCACGGUAACUUACACAAGGCGCAGACAAAUUAAAACCCAUUCUUCCUGUUCUGAGCGCAACGUUCAUACUUAGGACAUAUUCCACCAACCGUUGCCAUGGUUCGAGAAAUUAAGAACUUGGAGGAAUUCAACUCCCUACUGAAGACCGCUGGAGACAAGCUUGUGGUUGUGGACUUCACAGCCACAUGGUGUGGACCGUGCAAAAUGAUUGGACCAGUUUUUGAAGCGGAAUCCCAAAAGCCGGAAAACGCGAAUGUGAUUUUUGUCAAAGUCGACGUGGAUGAGGCUGAUGAUGUGAGCAGUAGCUGCGGCAUCAACUGCAUGCCCACAUUCCACUUUUACAAAAAUGGCAAAAAGGUGUUUGAAUUCUCCGGGGCAAACAAAGAGACACUGAUUGAAAAGCUGCAGAGUUUUAGAUCUUAAAAAAAAAAAAUCAGCAUACAUCGUUCCUUGUUCUGCGUCGUCUGUACUCACCUGUAACUUCAUCUCCAUAUGUACAAUGACCAGUAGUCUAUUCCAUAAUGACACAUUUUAUUCCACCCAACAUCAAAUCAGUGCAUGAACCUUUUUGUGUAUUCUUUCGAGCAAGGUGGAUUUAAUAAAGGAUCACUUUAAA